GGGUACUGCCUCCGUACGAGCCUCCGUCGGCUCCGCACACACCGGGACGUUCCACACUUGCGCCAGAAGGUACCAGCAGCGCGCAGAACAUCAUCUCGCAUACAGUUAUGUCGACGCGGUGGUAUGUGGGCUAGACCGCGCAUGUUGCGCCGCACGCUGGCCACUUUCAGUCUAUGCUCAGUGUUCGAGCUGAGCAGCCGUGUGUUCGCUUUCUGUGUCGUGCGAGAGGCAACAGUGUGUGAUCGUGCCUACGUACUAGGGAUUCAACUCAACUCCUUUCAACCGCCUAACGCUCCAGCCUCCAAUCAACUGCUCGCUGUGUGCUAGAUAGACGAGAAUUGAAACAUCUCAGCAUGAGUUGUGCUAGUGUUUUGACCAGCAAAGAUCUGCCGGACAUUGAAAGCCUGCUCGCUCUCAAUCCGCGCGUGAAGCAGUCUUGCUCGCUGGUACCGACGACCGUGACGAAGAAGGUGAAGAAACACUGGAAGCGCAAUGAAGACCGCUCCUGCACGUCCUGCACCCCACUUACGAACGACUUUUCCGACAUCAAGCAUACAACGCUGUCCGAGCGGGCAGCGCUGAAGGAGGCGGCCCGCUGCCUCAAGUGUGCCGAUGCACCGUGCCAGAAGUCCUGCCCGACGCAGCUGGACAUCAAGAGCUUCAUCACGAGCAUCGCGAACCGGAACUACUACGGUGCAGCCAAGGCCAUCUUCUCGGACAAUCCGCUCGGGCUGACGUGCGGCAUGGUAUGUCCGACCAGCGACCUGUGCGUAGGCGGCUGCAAUCUGGCCGCAGUCGAGGAGGGCCCCAUCAACAUCGGCGGCCUGCAGCAGUUCGCGACGGAGGUGUUCAAGCGGAUGGGGCUGCGGCAAAUUGUGCCGCCGGGCGUGGCACCGCUGAAGCAUCCGAACAAGCGCAUUGCCCUGUUGGGCGGCGGGCCGGCCUCGCUGUCCUGUGCCACCUUCCUGGGGCGGCUCGGCUACCGGGACGUGACGGUGUACGAGCGGCGCCCGUACCUUGGCGGGCUGAGCUCGGCCGAAAUCCCGCAGUACCGGCUGCCGGUCGAGGUGGUGAACUUCGAGGUGGACCUGGUGAAGGAUCUGGGCGUCCGGUUCGAGCUGAACCGAGCCCUGUCGGCGCAGGAUCUGACCGUGCGCGGGCUGCUGGACGGGGGCGUGGAUGCGGUGUUUCUGGGCAUUGGACUGCCGCAGCCGAAGGUGGACCGCGUGUUCGAGGGGCUGACGGAGGAGCACGGGUUCUACACGUCCAAGAGCUUCCUGCCGCAGGUCGCCGACGGUAGCAAGCCGGGCCUAUGCGGGUGCAAGCAGUCGGCCAAGCUGCCCACGCUCCAUGGCAACGUGAUCGUGCUCGGCGCGGGCGACACUGCGUUCGACUGUGCGACGUCGGCGCUGCGCUGCGGUGCCCGCAAGGUGUUCGUCGUGUUCCGGAAGGGCAACAACAACAUACGCGCCGUGCCGGAGGAGGUCGAGCUGGCGCGGGAGGAGCGCUGCGAGUUCAUACCGUUCAUGGCGCCGCGGGAGGUGAUUGUGCGGGCGGGGCGCAUAGCCGCGAUGGAAUUCUACCGGACCGAGCAGGACGAGACUGGAAACUGGGUGGAGGACCAGGAUCAGAUCACGCGCCUGAAGGCGAAUUACAUCAUUUCCGCGUUCGGGUCCGGGCUGUACGAUGCUGACAUCAUUAGCGCACUGGACGGGUUAAAGAUGAACCGCUGGGGACUGCCGGAGGUAGACCCGAAAACCCAACAGACCUCCCUGCCCGCCGUCUUCUGCGGGGGCGAUCUGGCGGGCGCGGCUGAAACGACGGUCGAAUCAGUGAACGACGGCAAGACGGCGGCCUGGUACAUGCACUGCUAUCUGCAGGGCAUCCCGCUCGACGCCAAGCCCGAGCUGCCCCUGUUCUACACCGAGAUCGACAAGGUCGACCUGUCGGUGGAGGUGUGCGGCGUGCGAUUCGAGAAUCCAUUCGGGCUCGCGUCGGCCCCUCCGACCACCAGCACCGCCAUGAUACGGCGCGCGUUCGAGCAGGGCUGGGGCUUUGCCGUGACGAAGACGUUCGCGCUGGACAAGGACAUGGUGACGAACGUGAGCCCGCGUAUCGUGCGGGGCGUGACGGCCGGCCAGCACUACGGUCCGCAGCAGGGUGCCUUCCUCAACAUCGAGCUCAUCUCGGAGAAGUGCUGCGACUACUGGCUAACGGGCAUCCGGGAGCUGAAGCGUGAAUUCCCCAGUCGCGUGCUGAUCGCGAGCAUCAUGUGCACGUACAGCGAGCCGGACUGGGUCGAGCUGGCGUCGAGGGCGGAAGCGGCCGGGGCCGACAUGCUCGAGCUCAACCUGUCCUGCCCACACGGGAUGGGCGAGUCGGGCAUGGGGCUAGCCUGCGGCCAAGACCCCGAGCUGGUGUACAAUAUUUCGCGCUGGGUGCGCGGUGCCGUACGCAUACCGUUCUUCGUAAAGCUCACGCCCAACAUUACCGACAUCGUGUCGAUCGCGCAGGCGGCCAAGCGCGGUCAGGCGGACGGCGUGUCGGCAAUCAACACGGUGCAGGGGUUGAUGUCGCUCCGGGCGGAUGGCAGCCCGUGGCCGGCCGUUGGUGCCGACCGGCGCACCACGUACGGCGGUGUGUCGGGCAACGCCACCAGACCGCAGGCCAUGCGGGCCAUCUCGCUGAUCGCGAACAAGCUGCCCGGCUUCCCAAUAUGCGGCAUCGGCGGCAUCGACUCGGCCGAGGUCGCGCUGCAGUUCAUCCAGUGCGGUGCCCCGAUCCUACAGAUCUGCUCCUCCGUGCAGAACCAGGACUUUACCGUCAUCGAGGAUUACAUACUCGGACUGAAGGCGCUGCUCUAUCUGCGCGCGAACCCGCCGCCAGAAGCGCUGCCCUGGGAUGGCCAGUCGCCACCAGCGGCCAAGCUGCAGAAGGGCAAACCGGUCGCUCCAUUGCGAGCUGAAGACGGCAAGCCGCUGCUGCACUUCGGCGAGUACAAGAAGCAGCGGGAGGAGAAGCUGGCCCAGCUGCGCCUCCAGCACGGUCCACUGUGGGAUCCGUGUGCGCCCGAGCCCGGCACGAAUGGGCACACGCCGGAUAGGAACGAGCCGGCCACGCCGGCCGCUGUCCCGCGCGUGAAGGAUGUGCUGGGCGGGGCGCUGCCCCGCAUCGGGGAUUAUAAAAAGCUGGACAACACCAAGCAAGUUGUCGCACUGAUCGACGAUGAUCUGUGCAUCAACUGUGGCAAGUGCUACAUGACCUGUGCCGACUCCGGCUACCAGGCGAUCGAGUUCGAUCCGGUUACGCAUUUGCCGCACGUCAACGACGACUGUACCGGGUGCAACCUGUGCCUCUCCGUCUGUCCCAUCAUCGAUUGUAUCAGCAUGGUGCCGAAAAAGAUUCCACACGUCAUCAAGCGUGGUCGUCCGAACGGGAGUGUCGCAGUGCACGCGCUCAGCCCAUCGCAGUAGACAAACGAGAAGGGGAAGCCAGAUCGCAUUUUCCUCACGCGUUACUAAAGUGAAGAACACAUCGGGUGCAAAAGCAGCUGUUAGAUGAAUGUUUACAAUACGCUUAAGGCAUUUAAAAGAUAUAUAUAUAUGUAUCCUGUUUUACCAAUAAAGAGAUUUUCUAAACAAA